AUGGCCCACCACCCAAACUCACCAUCCCCGUCGCCAACCCCGUCCUCGUCCUCACCGUCCCGACGGACUUUGACCGUGAAGCCCACCACCACGAUGUUUCCAGACCCACCGACCAGGGAGACGCUAGCCAGCGCGCGCCGGGCGCUCGAAGCCAAACGCGCUUCCAUACAAGCCCUGUCCGGCGAAAUUGACGCUGCAGAAAAAGCGCUGGCUGAGAUAGUGCGCGAGUCGCGGUGUGCGAUCAACCAAUUGGAGGAGGAGCGGGCGAGAUUGGUGGAGGAGGAGAUGGCGACGCUGGCGUACCUGAGUCCGUUGAGGCGGUUGCCGCAGGAGCUGGUGAGGGAGAUAUUUAUGUGGUGUUUUGAGGAACAUCCGUGUUGUGCGUGGAUAUUGGCGGCGGUGUGCACGUCGUGGCGGAGGCUUGCCUUGCGCAUGCCGCUUCUCUGGUCCAAGAUUCGCCUUAUUACGACGCCUUCGGCUUCUGCUGAUACCAUUCGACUAUGGCUCGAGAGGUCGGGCGAUGUUGUCCCUUUGGAUAUCGAGAUUUUCCUCAGAGUGGCACCACCUGCACUUCACAACCACGAUGCUGCGUCUUCGAGAAGAGGGUCGAUUAAUAGUCUGACGGGUCCUUCGAGUUCGAGCGUGCAGUGGGCAAGCCCGCCACCUAAUGCUAUCACGCCAGCGGCUUACGUCGCCCCUCAACCUACGCCACCACCGCCUGCCGCGCCCGCAAAUGGUGGCGGCACCACCACCACCACCGCCGCCAACGUCAGUGCCGGUGCACCAGGGACGACGCCGACUGUGAUCCCUCAAUCCUCAAGCCCACAUGACCCCUGGAACGUGCAGCAAACGACCGACCGCACGCCGGCUUCUGCUUCCAAGAUCAGCAUGCACUGGGGCCACAUCGCGUUCUUUUACCUUGGAGAGCAGAUGCAUCGAUGGGAACGGUUCAUUUUCAGGUUUGACAGGCAGUUCACGUCCAUGGGUGCACUCAAGUCUAUUAAUGGGGAUGCACCGCUGCUGAAAGAGUUUGAAGUGUCGAGUGCAGAGGCUGGGUUCUACGUCGAGUGGCCUUGGCUACCGAACUGUGGAGAUGGGACUCCGGUGGUGUUACCCAAACUACGGUCGGUAACGUUACAGCACACACCAUUCAAGUGGUCCUCGCCCAUGCUUAGGAAUCUCGAACAUCUGACACUGCGCGCGACUCCCACGUCGCACCUUCCCUUGGACCGGAUUCAAGGGAUCCUCAUGGCAAGCCCGGCACUGAAGACGCUAUCUAUCCAUUUCCAGGGUGUUCUGCCGCCGAUAUUAGCCAUGUCCCCGCUCACCCUGCCGGAGCUGACGGAGUUUAGUGUGGGCGGGCACUACCUCCUCACGCAACUAGUGGAUACGCUCGUCCUUCCCGCGCUCACUUCCCUCACGAUCGACAUCGAGUCGCGGGACCCGAUUGAAGAUUCGCUCUCGACGCUCCUAACAAGAUCGUGUUCGCCGCCUCUGCAGCGGUUGUCCAUCGCGUACGGCACCUCGUCGAGUGUUGCACCAUUCUACUAUGGUCCUGGCGGGAUCGUGAUUUCGUGGAACAUUCUUUCGGAAUUGACGCACCUCAGGACGUUGGAAGUGGGUGGUACGCCUUUCGAAUCGCUACUAUCCGCGUUGGGACCACCCGAUGACGACCAUAACCCACUUACGACCUGGGCAUGUCCGAACUUGGAGAACUUGUCGAUGAAGAACUGCCAUUCGCAUGGGGAGGGUGUGGCCAAGUUGGUUGGCCUGGUUGAGGCUAGGAAUCCUCCUCUCGGAGGAGGAGGGGCGGGUAGUGCGACGGGUGUUAGUGUGGGUGGUGUUGUACCUGGAAGGUUGAAGAGGUUGGAGUUGUUGGAGUGUCCGAGUUUGGGGGUUGAUGUGGUUCGGUGGCUUGCGAGUCGGAUUGAGAAUUGGGUGGAUGGUUGA